AUGGAUUUCAGCUUUCCUUUUUCUCUGCAGUGCUUGCUGGUGAUAAUAACUGUUACUCAUGGCUCUGCCACCUGGACUGGUGUUCUCAGCAGCGGUUCAGCAGUCUUUUCUGUGGGGAUUCAUAAUCUGCAGAACCUCUCCAGCAUGAGCAAGGGGGGCAAGAGAUGCCUGACUGUUGCCUCAAAUGAUACUUUGUUGGCUGAGUGUGGCACUUCCACCACGAGAUGCCUGAACUUUCAGAAUGGCUCCUUAGUGCUGAGGGGUGUGGAGAAAGAGGAUGAAGGAACAUAUGAGUUUGCUUUUCACAACACCACCAGAGUUUUUAGACUGGAAGUAUUUGAGCCAUCCAUUAGUAUCCAGUGCUUCCCUAACGGGACCGGAGAGUUGUCCUGUGACGUGACCAGCAACGAGAGCACCAGCUUCCAGUGGCUGCUGAAUGGCACUGCUCUGAGAGCCCCUGGGUCUUGUGUUAAGGAUGGUGGGAAGAAGGUUCUCCUGGACAAAACUGUGCCUGGGGAAUUCGUGUGUAAGGUUAGCCACGGGAAUGCCGUCACGAGGACCAGGCCUGUUGCAGUGUCUUGCAACUAUGGAGACCUGCUGCAGUACCCGUGGUUCAUUUACAUCCUGGCAGGGUGUGCAGGGGGUGCUCUUAUCUUGCUGGUGGUUGUGUCCUCAGUCGUCUGUUGCUGCAUGAAGCGGAAACACAAGUUCAUCCCAGUUCCUUCGGAGGAGGAGAAGGAUGAUGGACUAACAAUGUCUGUGGUCUCCAGCGAAGGUGUGAAGAGCCCUCCCAAUGGAGACCACGUCGAGGCUCAAGCUGCCCGAAUUGACUGCCCUCCAAAGCCUGAUGCUGCUCGAACUGGUCAAGUAGCUGAGCCCCAGCCACUGGCAGAAGAAAAUGUACCAGUGGAGAUAGAGCCUGAGGGAAUGCCAGACCAAGGGGUCAUAGUUAAUGUAGAAAGCCAGGAAAAUGCCUCGGACUGUUUCCCAGAUCCAACUGAUGACUGAUCUGGCAUGAUUGCUUCCACCCUGUCUUGAAGCCUAUGAUACCCACCCUUUGCAUUCCAUAAGUCUCAUUGUGUGUAAGAAUUGGUUCAGAAAAUUUUAGCAGGGGAAAGAUGUCAGGUGUCAGUCCUGC